UUACUAUAUUUUUUUUUUUUUUCAUGUUUCAGUUUUUUUUUUAUCAUGUCAUCAUCAUUUUCACAACUUUUAAGAAAUUCAAGAUUAUCAAAGUUUGAUCCUAAAUUAUCACAAGUUUAUAAAACUUAUGGGGAAUAUCAAAAACUUGGUGAUUAUGGCGUAAAACGUAAUUUACCAAAUUAUUUACGUACAAAUGUUGUAACAAUAAAUGAAAUAGAUACUAUUGAACAUCAAACUCCUUAUAAUAGUGCUGAAACUUUAAUUAGAUUUAAAAGAAAAUGGAAAGAAAAUUUUUUAAUUUCAAAAACUGCUGAACCUUUAAAAUCAAAUGAAAUUUAUCAAAGAAAUUUUAUUAAUAUUUCAAAAUUAUCAUUAAAAGAUUUUAAAAAAUUAUUAAAAAAAAUUGAAAAAAGAAAAUAUGAUUGGAAUCAACUUUUAAUAAAUUCUACUUAUGAUUCAAAUAAUUGGUUGGAAUUUUUAGGUUUAACUUUUACUACAAAAUCUUCUAAUUCAAUUAUUAAAGGUUUAACUUAUUCUCAUAAUAAUCCUGGUAUUAAUUUUGAAGUACAAGGUCGUGUACUUAAUAAAGAUUCUAAUGGAAUUUUUGCUAUUGGUAUAAGUGGUUUGGUUGGUAGUUUACAUUACGGUAAAGCUCAAAGAAGAUUGGUUCAAGUUAAUCGUAAAAAAUUGGAUAAUUUUUAUCUUGAAAAAGUGGAUUUUGAUGAUCAAGGUCGUCCAAAUAUUAGAGUUUCUCAUUCUCCUAUUCUUACUUAUCAAAAUGAUUUUAAUUUACUUGAUAAUUAUCCUGGAAAAAAUUCUUUAUUCUUUGAUUCUGCUACAAAUCGUGUUAAAGAUAAUGAAAAGACUCAAGAAGAAAUUCUUACUAGACUUCGUUCUUUAUUAAAAACUAGUGGUGAUUCUACAACUUCUAGUGAUGUUGAACCUUCUUCAAAACCUAGUUUUCAACUUGUUUAUGAAGAAAUGUUUUCUUCUAAUACUAAAGAAGAAGGUGGUGAAAAAAAUAACAAGAAUCUAUUGGAGAUUUUGAGUGAAAAUAAAGAGUCAACAAAAAACAAUUCUAUUAAAGUAGAAGGAGGUGAAAAAAAUGGCAAGAAUCUUUUUGAGGUUUUGAGUGAAAAUAAAGAGUCAACAAAAAACAUGGAAUUUAAUGAAAAGAAUCAAGUUACAAAAGAUCUAACAGGCGAUAAAAAUUCUGAUUAGAGAUUAGGGAUUAGGAAAUAGGAAUAUAAGGGUUGAUGAAUGUCUUGAAAGGUAUUUAAAGAGAGAAGGAGAAGUUGUUUGUUCUGGCGUUUAUAGAAUUAGGUUAUUUUGAUCUUUCUUAACGCGUUUAUAGAAUUAUCUUUCACGUGUUUAUAGAAUUAGGUUAUUGCAAUCUAUACAAUCUUAAUAUUUUAAUUCAUUAUUAUUAAAUAAUUGUAUUAUUAAUUAAUUUAACAAAUGCAAUUUAUAAUUUUAUUAAAAUAAUUUAC